GGCAGGCGGGCAGCCGGAAUGGCAGGCCGCACUCCCGAGCGAGCGUCCAGGUGCUCCGGCGCCGCUGCGCCGCGGAGCUUUAUUGGAACUUGAUGGAGGAGGUGGCAGCGGCAGCCCGGAACCCUGAGGAAGUGCCCCGGGUGUCUGUGGGAUUGUGGGGGGUGCACACAGCGAGGGGCGCCGACCGGGGAGAGAUGGAUGGGCCCUCUCGAGACAAAGCUGACCCCCCCCUUGGGCGAGGUCAGACUCCGUUCUCCCCGCCCCUCCCCCAUGGAGUCAAGCCUGUGGUGAUUCCCAGAAGUCCCCAGAAACUUGCGGGGCUUCCCUGUGCGGGCUGGGCCGGAGCGAGCUCCGAUGGGGGGGCCACGAGCCCGGCAGCCAAGUCCCGGCUGCUGCCCAGAAGUCACGAUGUUCGGUUUCCACAAGCCCAAGAUGUACCGGAGCCUGGAGGGCUGCUGCAUCUGCAGAGCCAAGUCCUCCAGUUCCCGCUUCACGGACAGCAAGCGCUACGAGAAGGACUUCCAGAGCUGCUUCGGCUUGCACGAGACGCGCUCGGGAGACAUCUGUAAUGCCUGCGUGCUUCUGGUGAAGAGAUGGAAAAAGCUGCCCGCAGGCUCCAAGAAAAACUGGAAUCACGUGGUCGACGCGAGGGCCGGCCCCAGCCUCAAGACCACCCUGAAGCCAAAGAAAGUGAAAACUCUGUCUGGAAGUCGAAUCAAGAGCAACCAGAUCAACAAGCUGCAAAAGGAAUUCAAGCGCCACAACUCGGACGCUCACAGCACCACCUCGAGCGCCUCCCCGGCCCAGUCUCCGUGCUACAGCAACCAGUCCGACGACGGCUCGGACGUGGAGAUGGGCUCUGGCUCCAGCCGGACCCCCGUCUUCUCCUUCUUGGAUCUCACCUACUGGAAGAGGCAGAAGGUGUGCUGUGGGAUCAUCUACAAGGGCCGCUUCGGGGAGGUCCUCAUCGACACGCAUCUCUUCAAGCCCUGCUGCGGCAGCAAGAAGGCGGCCGCCGAGAAGGCCGAGGAGCCGCGCGCCGAGCCUCUGGCCGCCUCCCCCCGGGAGGAGUGGUGACGCGGGCCGCUCGGCGCCGGCCGCCCGACCGCCCCUCCCCCGGGACGUGCUGUCCUGCCCAAAGACGGUUUCUAGACGGUUCGCAGUGGGUUGGUUUGUUGGUUUGUUUCCCUUUUCUCUGAGGGGGGGCGCUCUUGGGGGAGGGGCGCCCGUACUACUGAGCGGCCAGCGUGUGCGUGGGUAGAGCAUACACUGUACAGACCGAAGACUGGACGGAGGGGCGGCCGCCGCCGGGCUCGGGGCUUCCCGGCGCCUCUUCGGCCCUCCUCCCUCGUCGCGGGCCGUUGCUGCGGGGGCCCCAGGGGGAGGAAGAGGUGUCGGGGCGCCCUCGGGGUUGGGACUGGCGCGUGCCGGAGCCUCCCGGGCCGGCGGAGGAGGAGGGCUCGGCUGACCGCGGCUCGCCUGACCGUGGAUCGUCCGAGCGGCCGGAGGCCGAGCAGGGAGCCUGGGGGGAGGCGCCGCGCCUCCGCCCGCCCGUCCUGGCCGCGUCCCGCCCUUGCGCAGUUCUCUUGACAUGGUUUUUGUACAUUUUUAACGGCUGCAGCCCGGUAGAAUAUACUAUGAUACCGACCAUCUCUCCUUCUGUAUUUAUUUAUUUAUUGCUGAAGCUCCUCCACGGUCCUGCGCUGCCCCGGCCUGUAGGGCGUCGUGCAUGUAGUCACGCACUUGGUGUCCGCGUAGUCGAGACCUCCCGACCCUUUUGUACUUUUAUACUGUUCUCUACUCGGCCUUUUCCCAGCCUACGGAAUAAAUUUAGUCUUCUUUAGAA